GAGCCUGCCGGGCUCCCGUCUGCCCCGCCUACCCCCGUUGCCGGUUGCUGGCGGCGGAACCGGGCGGCGGCGGCCAGGAUGGCAGCGCCCAUCAUCCCCGAGAGCAGCAGCAUUAAAAAAGCAGUGUUGCUCAUUAACAUGAUAGACCCAGGCAGAUUUCCUAGAUUACUCUCCCGCAUCCUUCAAAAGCUUCAUCUAAAGGCUGAGAGCAGUUUCAGUGAAGAGGAGGAAGAAAAACUGCAAGCUGCAUUUUCAGUGGAGAAGCAAGAUCUUCAUUUAGUCCUUGAAACUAUAUCAUUUAUUUUGGAACAGCUUGAGACAAUUGGAUGGCAGCUUAACCUUCAGAUGGCACAGUCCACCCAAGCGAAACUGAAAUCUCCUCAAGCUGUAUUAGAACUUGGAAUGAGCAAUGAAGAUUCAAAGCACAUAUUUUAUUGUGGUUUGUGGAAUCACUUCCAGAAGAACAGAGAAACUGGAGAAAGUGUUUGUGGAAUUCAGUCAUCAGGAGCUGUUUGA